AUGAGUGAAACGUUUAUAGAGUUAUAUGUAUCCUGUCCAGUAGCUGAAUGUAAUAAUCAGGAAAUAACUUCUUGGGUUCACGCAACUGAUUCAGGAAGAAUAGAAAUAUCUAACCGUGCUCGUAUUCGGUGCAUUAAGUAUUAUACUACCGAACAUAUGAAGAACUGGCUUUUCUCUUGUUCUGAACACAGAGGAAUAUAUAAGGAAACAAGCUACGAUUCAUUCACAAAAGCUUUGAAUCUUGCUUUUAAGAAUCAAG